AUGGCGCAACAAGGAACAGAAGCAAAAUCAAAUAAGAGGAGUCGAUCAGAAGAUGAAGACGACUCCUCAGACGACGAUAUGGGCCCCCAGCUUCCCUCUGCUGAAGCCCCCAAGAAGAAACGCCGCAAGCUCCCAUACGAAAAGCUGUAUAUCUCCGCUCUUCCCACAUCCGCAAAAUACUCGAAGUCGCUCAUGCACAGAGAACAGCUCUCCUUCAUUACCGUCACUCCAUUGACCGACUUCCUUAUUACAAGCUCCGUUGAUGGUGUAGUGAAGUUCUGGAAGAAAGGCGCGGAGGGAAUCGAGUUUGUAAAGGAAUUUAGGGCGCAUACUGGGGAGAUCAAGAGUGUUUCUGUGAGCGCAGAUGGGAGGAGCUUUGCGACUGCUGGGGUAGACAAGAGUAUCAAGAUCUUUGAUGUCAUAACCUUCGACCUCUUGUCUAUGCUUACUCUGGAGUUCACGCCAAAAUGCGUAUGUUGGGUUCAUAAAAGGGGCGCUUCGUUACCUCUGCUCGCAAUUUCAGACGAGGUCAACCAUACGAUUCAGAUUUAUGAUGGGAGAGGAGAAAACCAAGACCCAAUACACACCAUAUCUGGGUUGCACCGAAGUGUCGUGUCUCUAAUGGCCUUCAAUGAUGCAUAUGACUGUGUAGUAUCGGCUGAUGAGAAUGGUAUGAUCGAGUACUGGCGACCAGAAGGCAACUAUGAGAAACCUGAUAAUAUUUUCGAAUAUAAGAGUUCGACAAACCUCUUCGAAUUCAAGAAGGCCAAAUCUACACCCUCCUCGCUCACCAUAUCUCCAUCGGGAGCCCAGUUUGCAACAUUUUCAUUCCCUGACCGCAAAAUACGGGUCUUCGAUUUUCCCACUGGAAAGCUCUACCGGACCUACGACGAGUCUUUGCAAAUCAUCGAAGAGAUGCAACAGGCGGGUACAGCACUUCAAAAGUUGGAAGAUGUGGAAUUUGGAAGACGAAUUGCCACUGAAAGAGAAAUCGAUACUCCGGCACUUCGAAACAAGGCAACUGUCGCGUUCGAUGAGACGGGACAUUUCAUUAUAUACGGAUCAAUGCUUGGAACGAAGGUUCUCAACACCUUUACGAACAGAGUGGUCAAGGUCUAUGGGAAAGAUGAGAAUUUCAGACCUCUCAGUGUUGCCAUAUAUCAAGGACAGCCUCAGAAGAAAGGCAUUACGACUGUGGCUAUGGCUGCCUCAAGCAAUCCCUUGCUUCAGGAAUCAGAAGUCCGAGAUCCAAUCCUCUUUGUCACUGGCGUUGGCAAAGUCCGAUUUUAUAUGUUCACAAACGACGAGAAUAUCUCCAAGUCGGAGCGAGAUGUCCAUAACGAGAAGCCGAUCAAUGCAAAUGUGAGAAAGGCAAUUGAGAAGAAAGCUGCCGAGACUGGAACAGCUGCAAUUGUUCAUACGACCUAUGGUGAUAUCCACCUCCGUCUAUUCCCUGAGGCAGCCCCGAAAGCAGUGGAAAACUUCGUAACCCAUUCGAAGAAGGGUUACUACAACAAUACAAUCUUCCACAGAAUCAUCCGCAAAUUCAUGAUACAGUGCGGUGAUCCUUUGGGCGAUGGAACAGGCGGAGAAAGUAUCUGGGGAAGAGAAUUCGAGGAUGAGUUUAGCACUCUGAAGCACGACAAACCCUAUACCGUCAGCAUGGCUAACGCAGGACCCAACACCAAUGGGAGUCAGUUCUUCAUAACAACUGAAAAGACUCCUUGGCUUGAUAAUAAGCAUACCAUUUUUGGCAGGGCGAUUCAAGGGCUGGAUGUUAUUCACAAGAUCGAGAACACUAGAGUCUACAAGGAAAAACCGGAAGAAGAUAUCAAAAUUCUCAAUAUAGAGAUCAUGUAA